UCCAUGAGCUACGCCGGCCUGCGGCCCAGCUGCUGCCUCUGCUGCUAUUGCUAUCCAUAACAAUGAGCGCGACGACGGCGAUAAUGGAGCUGCCAAUGAGUGAGCUGCCGCUGGGCACGCCCCUGCGCCAGCAGCACGGCCAAAGCAAUUACCACGAGGCGGGCGCUGAGGCGCCGCCAGGAUUAGCUGGAUAUGGGACGAGUGCACGACAUUAUUACGGGGCAGCCAGUGCAGCGGGCUUUGGCGAUGGCGAUGGCCAAGGUGACUUGGCACCAACACCAUAUGCAAAUUAUGAACGAAAAGCCAUCAGUGGUCUGGCUGGCAUCGCCCAUGGCUUUGUGCCACACAGCUACAGCUACAGCAACAACAACAACAACAACAAUGGAAUGCAGUCGGGAUACUCGGAUCGGGGCAAAAUCGAUUUUGUCAUUAAUGCGGCAAAUUAUGAGUUGACUGCCAAUGAAGAGCAACACCAGCAGCAGCAGCAGCAGCAGCUCCAGCCUGACAUCUACUAUCAGAGCUAUGCGUAUCAGCCGCGGGCAUCGCAGCCCAACAACGAUUAUCAUAUUGAGCAAUUUUCCAAUUAUCGCCAUCCCGCCUCCAGCAGGGAGCAGCAGCGACAACAGCAGCAGCAGCAGCAGCAACAUCAGCAAAUCACCAACGCCAACGCCUUAGCUUAUGCCAACAGGCAGUUGCCCAUGAAGCGGAAGCAGCUGCAGCAGGAGGAGCCCUCGCCCUCAGCCACACCCUCAUCCUCACAGCUGCACCACGAGGAUCAGCAGCUGCUCUACUCUCAGGCGGAGCAACACAUUGUCGACAUGCCCCACCCCAACGCGCUGCCUCCCAUCACAACGACGGUGCAUCACACGCCCUCGAGCAGCAGAGCCAUCGCCGGGCUGCCGCUCUCCAAGCACAUCGAGGUCACGAAGCACGUGCCCAUCACGCACUACCAGCAGAUCCACGUGCCCUACAAGCAGCCGCUGCAGCUGCGCAUACCUCGGCCCGUGAUCACAGCCAUUCCGAAGCCGAUUCCCAUCCGCAUACCCGUCACCAAGGCCGUGGCCGUGCCCCAGCUGCAGGAGGUGAAAAUACCCGUCGAGAAGGUGCGGCCCGUGCCGGUCGAGCGACCCGUUCCGUACGUCGUCGAGCGCCAAGUGCCCUACCGGGUGGAGAAGCCCAUCGCCACGCCCGUCUUCUACCCGUACCCGGUCAAGGUGCCCGUCAUACGCACCGUGGUCCACAAGCAGCGCCCCCAAUACACCAUCGCCGCCCAGCCCCUGACCCCACUUGCUGGCUGGCAGUCGCCCAACCAUCUGCUGGGAUAA